UCCCCCACACGAAGACACACUCCCUCAACACACACGAACCCCUCUCUCAGAGACUCUUCUUCUCUCCUCUACCUAAGGAAGAAAAAGAUGUGGUGAGGGAGGAGCAAAGCGGACGGCAACUCAAACACUUCUUCCACCAGACGCGACACUGCGCUGUGAGUCGGAGCCAGAACUCUCCUACAUUGCCCCCAUUGGCGCCCACCGCUCCUCGAUCGGUUUUGAACGCCCACCGUCACCUGGAUCACAGAUCGAGCCCGGUGAUCCGCGGCGACGGCUGCAAAGUGCGUUCUUGAUGCGGCCCUAGCUUCGCUACCUCCCCUCCCCGCCGCUCGACGGCCUCGAUCGGGCGAUCGGGGCGUUUGAUGCCCUCGCAUUGCGGGAAUCCGUUGCGGGUCGGUUGAAUCUGCGUGGAUACUUGUCGGGACUGUCCUUUUAUGUUUAGGGCUUUGGUUCUGAUGUGGAUCCACAGGAGGUUGCUUUGAUCUGGGUUUGAGGAUUUUGGGUUGCGGGGGAGUGGAGUUGCCAGGGGAUGAUAAAGGAGCUGCUUUGCUUGGUCGAAUGAUGAAUUCAGACACUUCUCUUGACUGCGCCGUGUUCAAGCUCUCGCCUAGACGCUCACGGUGCGAAUUGUUUGUCUCGGGAAAUGGAAAAACUGAGAAGAUUGCUUCUGGUUUCUUGAAGCCGUUCAUCACGCAUUUGAAGGUUGCAGACGAGCAGGCUGCACGGGUAGACAAGUCGAUAAAGCUCGAGCUUGAAAAAUCUCACGAUGCUGGCUCAUGGUUCAACAAAGGAACUCUUGAAAGGUUUGUUCGGUUUGUGAGUACACCUGAGGUGCUGGAAUCAGCCAAUACCUAUUAUGCAGAGAUGUUGCAGUUAGAAGGGGCCAGGAGAAUAUAUGCACAGGGUGGAGGAGAUACACUUCCUGGUACAUCAGGUGAAGAUGGUACAAAUACUGUAGCAGCUGCAGAUAUAACAAAGAAGGAGCUUCUAAGAGCCAUUGAUUUGAGGCUUGUGACUCUCAAGCAAGACCUGGCCACAGCUUGUGCUCGGGCAUGUUCUGCUGGAUUUACCACUGACAGUGUUUCUGAACUUCUUCGUUUUGCAGAAUAUUUUGGUGCAAAACGCCUAAGUGAGGCAUGCAACAAAUUUAUUGUGCUUUGCCAGAGGCAUUCUGAGCUAAUUGGCCAGCAGCACCAACCGCAGCCUGUGUCUCUAAAUUUGAAAAGUUUUGCUGAUGGGAAUGUUUGCCCCUCCUCAAGCUCAGACACGUCGAUAGACAAGCCAGAGUUGGGGGAUGGUGGUGCUGGUAAACUACCUGAUGGUGCUGGUCUCCAGCAUCACAAUAUCAACACUAGCCAGCCAUCACAGCUGAACUCAACAGAGUUAGGCACAUCUGAGCAGGCCAAGCCCAUCCAACGGCGGAGGGCAGUGUCAGAGGAGCCUAUUUCAUGUGCUUCAUCAGCUAAUGAGCCAGCUCAGCAGGAUGGAGGAGGGAGUUUUAGGCGGCUUAGCGUGCAGGAUAGGAUCAACCUAUUUGAGAACAAGCAAAAGGAACAAUCUUCAAGUUCUCGAAAUAUCACAACUGCAGGUAUUGUUAAUAGGGUAGUAGCAGGUAAAUGGGAGCAUAGGAGGCUUCCUUCUGAUGUUUCAGAGAAGUCAGUAUUGAGAAGAUGGAGUGGUGCUAGUGACAUGAGCAUUGAUCUUAACAUCAGCAACAGUAACACUUUUAAUGACCACAAAGAAAGUAGGAAUGCUGUUGGAAAUCCUACAUCUGCCAAUUUGCCGUGUCCAUCAUUAAGUAAAUCUGAAGAGACCGAGGCCUUUGAGUUGAAGGAUACUGCAACAUCACAAUGCUGGUUGGAUCUUAAAGAAAGAAUGGUCACUUCCUCUUCUUCUUUGCAGUUCCAGUGCAAAAAUUUUCCUGGUGAUAAAGAUUGUACUGAGGGUGAAGAUAUCAAGUUUUCUAUGAGCAAGGACAGGCCAGUGCUGGAUAAGAGGCAGCACAAGCAUUACAGAAGUGCUUCUGUGAGCAGGAUGGAGUACUGUGGAUUGGGUAAUCAAGAUGCUUCUAGGACUCAAAAAACGGGCCUUUCAGAAACCAGCAACAAUGCUGAGUUGAAAGAUCAUGCAGCCUGUCACAUCCAUUUAAAAACAGAGGAUCACAUGCAAAUGAAAAAUCAAGUAGCUUUGCCGGAAAUAUCACAAGCUGUAUCAGCUGUGACCAAGCAGAAUAGCUGGAGAGAGCAAGUUCUGCAGUCCCAAACUAGAGAAAAUCCUUCUCGAUCAGAUGGUGUUGAGCUGAAGGAUCAAGCAGAGGUGGUUAACCAACUCCAGACAUUUGAGAGAAGAACAGAUGUUGAAGCGAAAGAAGUGAAAGCAAAUGGCCUAUCAGAUUCUCAGGCCCGGUUCAAAAUUUCAUCUGGUUUGUCAUUGGAGUGUGAUCUACAGAUUUCUCAAUCUCAGAAGAAAAAAAAUGCUGUAAAAAUGGAGGAAGCAGUGGCAAGAAAGGCUGUUAAACGAAAAGAAGAUGCCAGUCACCAGGAAAUAAAUUGUCCUAAACAAUCAUUUGUUCCCAAGGGAAGUGUAGACGAAAUAAUACAGGGUGAUACAGAUCACAUGCCUGCUUUUCCUUUGACAAAAACUAAGGAAAUUGAACCACCUUCUGCAUAUCAGAUGGAGCAGCUUCCGGCUGGGAUGGCAUCUAAACGAAAUCAAGAAUUAAAUGAUGAAUUACGAAUGAAGGCUAAUGAGUUGGAAAAACUUUUUGCUGCACAUAAGCUUGGAACUCUCAGUGAGCAGACAGCUUCCUCUCAAAGAAGCAGACCUGUAGAUGUCCAGGAGGAUCAUGUUCCCAUGGCUAUGGAGAAAAGACAUGCAGUGGUACUUCCUGAUCAAUUGCCUGAGAAGAAAUAUCCAAGGAAUAUUCCGAACAAUGUUGUAGAUUUUGAUGCCAAUUUCCUGCUGAAAAUGGUAGGCAAUAAGGAGCAUUGUAGCAGUAUGAACCAAAAGUUCGAUGCUGUCAGUCCAUCAGAUGAUUCUAGAGGAAAAUUUUUCUUUCAGUACAUGCAGAAACGAGAUGCAAAGCUAUUGGAAGAGUGGGAAACAGAAAGGGUUCAGAAGGAUGCAAAAAUGAAGGCAAUGCGUGACAGCCUGGAACGUAGUCAAGCUGAGAUGAAUUCCAGAUAUUCAGGAACUGCUGAUAGACAUGGUUCAAAAUACACUCAUCAUCAUGCAGGAAAGUUGAGAUCUAUUAGUAGUACAUCCAUAAAUUGCAAAAAUCAGGCUGUUGACUCUGUUCACGAAGAGGGGGAAGAUCUGGAUGAUUUGUACAAACAAGUUGGUCAUGGGCAACAUACAUCCUACAAUGAUUCAUUUGGUGACAAUUCUUCUAAAAGUACCAACUCCCUGAAGCUUUUCUCUACAAAAACUUUGUCUUCUUCUACUCCUCGGCCAUCAGUAGCUUCAGCUCCAAAGACUUCUGUAAAGUCUACCGGAACUGUGUCAGUAAAGCACAUGAUUCGAACUGAAAAUCCUCUUGCUGAAUCACUUUCCAACUUCUCUGACUUCAGAAAGGAAAAUGCAAAGCCAUCAGCGGCAAUUAACAGGGUAAAUACACGAGAGAAACCAAAAUUCCAUUCUCGAAGCAAGAGCAUUGUUGAAGAGACUAACCUUGUUAAGGAAGACAAGCCACGUAGGUCUUCGUCCAUGAGAAAAAGUGCAGCUAUUCCUGGUGAAUUGAAGAACCUUUCUCCUCUCAAUUCCGUUAGCCCUGGGUUUUCCAAGGCACAAAGGGAUGCUGCUUUUAUCAAUAAAGUCCACAAGACCGAGGAGUUUAAACAAUUGAUCAGGAAAGGGAAAGGUUCAGGUCCUGUUUUAGAGUCUAAUAUCAUUAAAUCCAAAGCCUCUGUGGUUUCUGAGUUGAAUAAGAAUGGAGAGUAUUCUGAAGGUAUAAUUCAGCAAGAGGACUCACCUGACCUGGAUAAAGAUUUGUUGGAGAGACCUUCUGCUGAACAAGACCUUGAGGCAUCUGAUUUUCCUGUUGACUCCGAUAGUGAAAAGCCACAACACAUUCAAGAAUAUGAAAAUUCUGAUGAAUUUUGGUCAGAAUAUGGUGAUGUUCAAACGUCUCUGUCCCAGGCAGAUUAUGAUACAGCUCCUGCUUCUCCUAAGUUUAGUACUUCUGCAGGGAAUACAUUAGAGUCAGCAGGAGAAAGCCCUCGAUUAUGGAAUCCACACCUACACAAUUCAUUUCCUUAUGUACAUGAGGCAUCAAAUAUUGAUGCUUUUGUAGAUUCAUCUGUAGGCAGUCCAGCAUCAUGGAAUUUACACCCUCUUAACCAAAUGAUGGAGACAGAUGCUGCUCGAACGAGGAAGAAAUGGGGAAGUGCUCCGAUGCCUAUGAUUGUUGCUAAUGCAUCCCAACAGUCACACAAGGACGUCACAAAAGGGUUUAAACGAUUACUGAAAUUUGGAAGGAAGAGUAGGGGUGCGGAGACUCUUGUCACUGAUUGGGUAUCUGCUUCAACAGCUUCUGAAGGCGAUGAUGACACAGAAGAUGGUCAUGAUUUGGCAACACGGCCAGCAGAUGACUUGAGGAAGUCGAGAAUGGGAUGCUUAUUUCCUCAUGAUGGGUUCAAUGAAGGAGAGAUAUUUCCUGAACAAGCUCAAUCAUUGUGCAGCACUAUUUCAAACCCUUCUGCAAACUUCAAAUUAAGGGAGGAUCCUUUAACUGGAAGCUCCCUGAAAGCACCACGCUCCUUCUUCUCCCUAUCUUCGUUCCGGAGCAAGGAAUCCAAGCCUCGGUGACGGUGGUUUAUCUGGAAGUGCAAAGUUAUGAUGCUCUACGGCUUAGGUACAUACUGUUACAAUUUUCCAAUAGAUACAACACGGCCGCUUUAACGCACAAUAUGCAUCCUUCCAUCUCCGUUCAUAUCUACAGGUUCUCAACUGCUGUCAUCUGUUAGUUUGUUGUAGAUUUGGUUGCCUAGAAUCAGUUAGGCUAUAAAUUGUCAGUUAGCAUGGAAUAUGUUGUAUGGCCAGAAGUUGUUGGCCCUUUUCAACUUGUGGUAUGUCUUUAUAUAUCUAAAUCUGUUGGAACAGAAACGAGCAAGAGUAUGGUAGUAAGCAAUUGAUUUGUACAAAGAGAAUCCGUGCUGUGUAUUCUUCUGUUUCUUCCUUCCUGUCAUUUGUGUUUGUCAUGAAAUUAAUUCUUCAGAUGCUGAUCUAUAUUUGUUUUCCUGCA